UAGAGCCGCCCCUGGCUGCACCCCAGCCCCGUAAGUCAGCAGCGCCCCAGUCGUGUGACUUUUGCUACAACCCAGGACAGACCUUGUGCUGGUUGGCGCCCUGCGCUGCCAGUGAGGACGGCCGGGGGCUGAAGCCCCAGUCUAGUCUCACUCCUCAGGCUAGCAGAGGCUGGGCAAGCUACCACAGCCAGGGGAAAUUAGCAGAGGCCGGGCCAGGAAAGGAAUUUGUUUCCAGUACCAGAUGUGAUACAUGCAGGGGCUGAGAAUCCAGCCAGCAGAGGCUGCGUCUUGUCUCUGCCUUUUCCAGCCAGAGGAACGGCUGGCCGGUCCUCUCCAAAACAACCCAUCCUGGUUAUUGGGUCCCCUGGUCACAGACAGCAUCUGAACCGGUCGUUGGGGCCAUACCCUGAGCUCAGGAUGUGGCUGGGCUCACACGGUGGUGACUUAGUAUGCCUGGGAACUGGGAAAAGGCCGCACCAGGACAGCACUGGAUUCUGAAAUAACACAGGGCAGGCUGAGGUUCAAAACCAGCUGCAUGUCUUCCGUAAAGGCUGGUGAGCCUGCAGCCCUGCUCUCUUGUCCCACAGAGUUUGUUCUUCCUUCCCUAUAAGCCCCCUUCUGACCUCAGCAAGGAUCAGAUCUCCCUGUAAUAUCCAAGGCCAGAGAGGGGCUUCUUUCUCCCCGCGAUGCGACCUGGUCUCCAAGCCAUGGGGCCACACGCAUUGCUGGGGUCCGUGAUGCUGCGAUGGCGUUAAACCAGCUUUAACUCCAUGGGAGCAGGCGCCAUUGCAUCCGCUCGCACCAGCUCUGAAUCUGGGGGUUUGUUUGCCUGCAGGACUCAUGUCACUGGCAUGCUGCUGCUCUACAAAGCUUAACUUCUUAAAGGCCUGAGCCUGGGAGGGGAGAGGCCUGCGGAGGCCACAGGAUCAGGCCCCAAGGAGAACACCAGAGCCACUCCCACUGUACACAGCUGCUAAAGUAGGUCUGGUGGUUGGCUGGGCUGCGGGAGGCAGGCGGUGUGACUGACACUGAAGCCCUCAUGGUUUCCUGUGUGCUGACACAGAGCCUGUUUGCCUUCCCAUUGUUACUCACCCCACAACUCGAGCGCGCUUCUGCGAGAGGCCGUGAAAAUGUGUGGCAGCUGAGCUCUCUGACAGCGGGCCCGGCGUUUCCACUCGCCACCUCGUCCCUGGAGCCACGAGACCAGGGCCUCGAUGUGCCGGCCAGAGUGGUGAGUGGGGAAGGAGCGGUUGGGUGACCUGGACGCACGAAGGAGUCUUGCAGAUCUCCGUGGGAAGUGGAUUUCUGAAGUGGCUCCAGACCGUGGUGAAAGGAUGGCUGGGCCCCAUCUGCCCCCCUUCCCUGCUGCCCUCGGACUGGCAUUGCUUGGUGUCCUGGUCUUCCUCUCAGCCCUGUGUGCUGCCUGCAGAAGGAAAGCUAGGAAGAAGGUGGUCCCACCGGACGGGGUGAAGCUGGUAGAUGUGUCGUUGCUGAGGCAGAUGCAGCUCCGAUCGCUCAGUAAAUCUGACACCAAACUGCAUGAGCUCAACAGGGUGAAGUGCAUGGAUGAGCACCAAAGACCAGCCAGCGUGGAUUUCCUUUACCCAUCAGGGUCUUUGGGGGAUGGAGAAGGAGCCGUGCAUAGCUCGAGCUUCAGCAUCCUGCUGCACCGAGAGCUGCCCCAGAUCCCCCAUUCCAACCCUUCGGCUGAUGCCCUGAGUCCUGACCAGACCUACUCAAACCUGUCCUUCCUAGCCCCACUAAAACCAGCCCCGGAGGCGCUGUACGAGUGUGCGGCCAUGACUCAGGAAAGGCCUCAGCCAAUGCCCAUCUUGGGAACCCCGAUGGAGGCUUCCCCUCUUAGUGAGGAGGACAAGGCAGUGACGGCUGAGUACGCCUGUGUCCGCAAGGUGAAGAAGAAUUUCCAGCCAGAGCUCCAGGAUGAGACACAGGGCGAAUCCUCCAUGGGGCCCGCAGACCCAGAAGCCUGGGAAGGAGCUGCCUGUAACCCCGCAGCGGUGAAGGUAGAAGAAAUGUACUCGACUGUGUGCAAAGCUGGCAAGAAGAAGAAACACCCAGGCUCUGCUCCGUGCCCCUCUGAAGGAAUGGACACUGGGGAGACCGGCCAAGGAGAACAGGGGCGGCCAGCUGCCCAUCUCAGAGAUGUCAGGGCCGGGUAUAAGUCCACACCAGGCCGAGUCUCGCUCACUGGGCCCUGCUAUGAGUCUAUCAGUGAUGGGUCCUGGACUGAGCAGGGCAGGAACCCAGCCCCAGAACCGUCCUACGAGGCAGUAGAUGUCAACUGGAAAAAGCCCAAGAGAAGGGACAAGUCUACCAGGAACUGCCCUGCCGAGAACUUGUAUGAAAGCAUCAGUGAAAUGUGGGAAGGGGACUCUAGGAACACAGCUACCUUGGCGGCUCCCAAUGGGUUGGAGAUAUACGUAACAGACUUAUAACCCCUUCUGUCUAGCUGCCCCCUUCCUGGGAAGGGCUGUGCUCCUCCCCCGAGACCUCCAGCUGUCUCAGGUCUCAGCCACGUGGCGAGGCACAACAAGAACAUCCAACACCACAACAGUAAAUACUAAAAAUAUCAACCCGCUCUAAACCCUCCUGCCUCAGGUCUCAGGCCAACCCAUCACUAACAGGAGUUAAACUUUCCCUGCGGGCCGGGUAUCCCAGUGCUCCUUCUGCAGAACGCCUCACACCUUCCUCUGAAGCAGCUGGUACUGGGCACUGUCCGAGGCAGUUCACUGGGCUCGGUGAACCUAUGGUGGCCUGAAAACUACAGGCAAAAGAACGGAGUAAUUCUAAUGGGUGCCCACUGGGGUUUGGCAUUGCUUGGGGGUUGUGCCCAUUCUAGCGGGCACAGACACCCAGGUCAGGUGCCUCUCUUCCCUGAGUCUUUAUGCAGGGUCCAGUGAAGCUGGGCACAGAAACCUAGGGAAGGGAAGGGGCAGCUGAGUUAAUAAAGAGGAAUCUCCCGUAUGUAUUUUAAUCCUGUUCUGAAUUUCUGCAUCUGUCCCAGCCAGCAGGCUAACAAUGCAGUAACCGAGCUGCCCAGAAACAGGAUGGUUUUUAUUGCCUGAGAAUGCACGUUUCACGGGAUAACGCUGCCUGCCUGUUCCUGCUGAGAUGGUGAAGGGUUCCUGUCCGGGCCCUUGGAGCUCUGAUUAUCAGCCUGAGCUGCCCAGCUAUAGCAGCUCGGGGGUAGCAAAACCAGGCAAACCUUGGCCAGAUUUCUGAGUCAGGCUGGAGGGCACAGGCCAGUCUCUGGAAGGGCAAAAGGAGAGGGCUGGAAACGGAGGCAGUGCCGUGGGUGGAUGGAGCGCGCCAAUUGGGGCCGACUGCACAGCAGGUAGAGCCGAUUGGGAGCCAGAUAGCCUUGUGCUCAGUGCAGGGCCUGGGGGCAAGGGGAGAAAGGUGACUCGAAGCCGCCUGUCCACCUCCUCCAUCCCUGGGCUGAGCAGGGCCCUUUGAGUGCCAGCAGGAACGGCCCUCUAGAUCCUGUUACGCUGCCCAGGGACUGCCACUGGGCCACAGCCCCUCCUGCCAGCCUUCCCCGGUGGCGGCUGAGAACAGGCUUUGCCCUUCGUACACCAGCCUGGGAUUCUCCAGGGUCAGGGGAGUCCCCGGGUGCCCUGCUUGUUCUGCGGGCACCAUGCCCGCCAGCCAGAGGGCUGAGCGUCUGGCCCAGAACGCCCGUGUGCCAAGCAUGGGAGUUAGCGGAGGGGCCGCACUCACUGGUUACAUGGAGUAACUGGCUCCUCUAGUGCUUGGAAUAUUAAAGAGGCCAGAGACAAAUGAGCAAACUAAGGUCAGUUUAUUAAGAGGGAGAAUUUCUGCAGAACUGCAGAGGGCUAACGCCUGCCCUGUCUGGAUCUAGGAAUUUCCUCUCCUCACUGACCGAUGUGUUAACCCAAGGAACCCACACGGGCUGACAACACCCUGAGGACCCCAGACACUGGUGCUUGCUGCUUGGGGAAACCAGGGCUGUGUACAAAUUAACCCUUUCACGGUGGGGACACACACACUACAGCUGCCCUGCCUUAGGCUGGGUCUACGCUCACAUCGACCCAGCGGUGUAGCUCAGAGUGUGAAGGAUCCACAUCCCUUCGCAACGUAGUAAAACCACCCCUGCGCCUGGUGUGGCCAGCGCUAGGUCAGGGGAAGGGUUCUUCCAUCCACCACUCGGGGCAGUGGAUUAACUUCGCUGAUGGGAGAACCCCUCCCGCCGCUGUUGCGAGCGUCUACGCAGAAGCAUUUCCAGUGUAGAGAAACCCGCAGUCCAGCAAAGGAGGAGAGGAUUCCGGACUCUGCCCCUAGGUGCCUCAGAAAUGAUACUGCUACCCAGAAAGCAAGUCUGGCCUCAUCUCCGCCGGGAUUCCAGCCUCUGGUGCCGCUGCACUAAUGCCGGGCUCUGUUUGGCCCACUAGCAUGGUUACCCGCAAGUAAACUGUUCAAAUCAGGCAGCGCCAGGGACACGGGUACCUGGGGGCUUCCACCAGUGGCUGAAAUCCUGGCGUCGACAAAGACUGGGUUCAGGAGAGCUUGACUAGCUGC